GGGGGGGAGGGAGAGGUGGCAGGGUGCGCUGAGGCACACGUGGCGGGCGGCUCCAUACAUUUGGAAGCUGCGGUUGGACAUGCAGGCACUAUCCCUCACCCUCGCCUUGCUGGCCCCCACCGGUCGGGGAGGAGGCGGAGGCCCCGGGGGUCCCCUGGUGGCGCCCGCCGCCGCAGCAACAGGAGCAGCAGCACCCCUGCCGCCCCCCUCCAGCUGCUGCCCCGGCCGGCUGCUGGCUCUCCCGCCGCGCACCUACCUGUCCGCCGCGACGCUGGUGGUGCUGCCGGCGACCAUCAUUGACCACUGGCUGCUGCAGUUACGGAUAGGGGAGCGAGGGACGGGGGCGGGAGGGAGGGAGGUCAGGGGGGAGGAGGGAGCGGCUGUAGGUGUAGGUGGAGGAGAGGUGUAGUGCGCUAGUGCUGGUGGGUGGGUGGUGGUGCUGAGGGUGCUGAAGCUAGCUGAGGAGUGGGGAGGGGCACUGGGUGGGCCCAGUCAGACAGGCAGUCGGGUAGCAGGAGUCAUGAAGUGGCUGCCCUCCCUGCACCCUCUCCUCCGCUGGCUACGUGUACCUCCCGCAGCGCAGGUGGCGUGCCCGCUGAGGGCGGGGCGGCGCUGGGUGAUGACGGGCACUCCCACCCCCGCCACCACCGGCAGCAGCGCCGCCCACCUGCAGCCCCUGCUCGCCUUCCUGCACCACUCGCCGUACGGCACCCACUCGGGCACAUGGAGGGCUGUCGUAUAGCGGCCCCUGGAGGAGUGCCGACCCGAGGGCAGGAGGCGGCUCAUGGAGCUGCUGACGCAAUGCAUGGCCGACUUGGUGCUGCUGCCCGGACGGGUCCGCCGCGUCACACUGCUGGACUGCGAACCGCAAUACGCGCUGUCGUACAACGCACCAGUGGACGUACGGCAGGAGAAUGAGACCAAGGACUGCUGCAUGCUGUCCCUGCCGCCGUCGUAGGCGCUUUGCUGCACGCUGCAUGGGGCGGUGUGUGUGUCUGCGGGGGUUGAGGGGUUGCUGCGCACUGUGCGGAGGGAAGGUGGUGCCUGUCGGGCCUGUGGUGCCUGUGGGGUGUUGCUGUGUUGUCCAGGCGGGGUGUGCCCAGGUGGUGGGGCGCAUUCGGGCUGGUGGCGGUUCUGUACGUGUGGGGGUCUCGGUCCGCGUGGGACACGACCCGCAUGUCCCUGGGCUGCCGGCAUGCGGCCGCUGGGUGCGGUGGCGCUGCAGUGGGAGUGUGCUGCUUGGCUGCCUGUUUGGUUGGAAAGACUGAUUGGUCCCCGCACGUAACGUAGCGACGUAGCGGAAACCGAGGUUCCUGCGUUUCAUGUGCAACCGUAGGUACCCGCCCUAACUACGACGAAGCAUGCUCAGACUGGUUCGGCCUGCUAAGGCCUGGGCGGGCCGUUUCAUUGCAUGGGAUGGGAUGGGCGACAUGGGGGAGUCAGUGCAGCAUUCUUGCUACCGUACCUUCGGGUGAUCAUCGCGCAGCCCCAUUAGAUGGAAUUAUUUUUCAAGCUCGCGCAGGGGUGUCAGGAAUUAUUUUUCAGCUUCGCGCAGCUCAUGUCCACCACUGCAUUUUGACUGUAAGAACC